AUGCUGCGAUAUGGGCUCCGGCGUGCCUGUCCAUUUCGUCUGAGAGUGCCGCGAAGUCAACUCCGCAACCUUUCGAGCAGAGUACCACCCUUCCUUAAUAUUCAUGAAGAAGUCCAGGAUGCACUAAGCAGAGGGAAACCGGUCGUAGCGUUGGAGACCACGAUCUACACCCAUGGCUAUCCCUAUCCAGAGAACGUGGCCCUCUCAUCCCGGCUCGAAUCGCUUGUGCGCAUCCAUGGCGGAAUCCCAGCUACCGUGGGCAUUGUAGACGGCGUAGCUUACGUCGGCAUGGACCCAGAGCAGAUUAUCCAGCUCAUAUCUACUGCCGGAAGUGCAAAUACCAUAAAGGUGUCAAGGCGGGACUUGAGCUACAUUACUGGCCUUGGUCUUACUGGGAGGAAACUCAACGGUGGUACCACAAUAUCCGGUACAAUGGUUCUGGCACAUCUGGCUGGCAUAAAAGUCUUUGCUACUGGAGGUUUGGGUGGUGUUCAUCGAGGUGCAGAGAACAGCAUGGAUAUCUCGGCUGACCUGACGGAGCUUGGCCGCACACCCGUGGCGGUGAUCAGCGCGGGCUGCAAGAGCAUUCUUGAUAUUGGCCGAACGAUCGAGUAUCUUGAGACUCAGGGAGUGCCUACAGCGACGUUCGCCGAUGGCCGUUCCGGCAAUGUCGACUUUCCCGGCUUCUGGACCCGCGAUAGCGGAUUCAAAAGCCCUGUGACGAUCCAGAAUGAAGCUGAGGCUGCUGCCAUGAUAUAUGCUCAGACCUUGUUGCCUGUACAUACAGGGUUCGUCUUCGCGAAUCCCGUUCCUGCUGAAUCCGCACUGGACAAGGUACAGGUUGACGGCUAUAUCACGCAAGCUGUGCGUGAAGCUGAGGAGAAGGGCGUGAUUGGGAAUGCCAACACACCGUUUCUGCUGAAGAGAAUUCGCGAGCUGAGCGACGGCUUGACUGUGACAGCCAAUACCGCACUGGUUGAAGCGAACAUUAUUCGAGGUACAAAAGUCGCUGUUGAAUUGGCUAAACUGGAGAACGGUGCUGGCGCUCGGUCUCGUCAUCAGCCUCAGAUCUCGGUUCCAUUAGCAAGGACAGAGCAGGCGAUGUCCCCGGAGAAGCCUUCGCCAAAGGAUAAAGGACAGGUCGACCUACUUGUCGUCGGAGCUGUCGCCAGUGACACAAUUUGCGACUAUGCACCCUAUAGCACGUCUCUUGCGCCAGCGCCUGUUCUGCAGACGUCCAAUCCAGCCAGAAUAGGUCAGUCCGCGGGAGGUGUGGGCCGUAAUGUGGCUGUUGCAGCCCAUUAUGCUGGCGCCCGUACCGCUUUGGCCAGUGUCGUAGCGGAUGACAUUGCAGGGCAAUCUCUUCUCCGUCAUAUAAAUGAUGUAGGUCUAUCGAAUGCUUACCUUGAGACUGUCAGCUCAGCUGAGGCCACGACAGCCCAAUAUGUUGCAGUCAACGAUGCCCGGAAAGACCUAGUGCUGGCAAUGGCAGACAUGACGAUCUUUGGGAGGCCGGAACUGGAGCAGCAGUCACACUGGGACGGUAUACUGGACAGGAGUCGUCCAAAGUGGCUCGUCGUCGAUGGCAACUGGUCUGCCCCUAUAAUGAAAUCCAUCUUCGGAGCAGCACGAGCACGCAGAAUACCCAUAACAUUCGAGCCAGUCUCUACGGCCAAGUCGAUCACGAUCUUUGAUAAACGAUAUCCCGCGGUUAGUCUAAAGGAUUGCUUACCACGACACGCUCUGAACCUCAUUACGCCAAACCAAUUCGAAUUGGCCGCCAUGCAUACUGCCGCUCGUGAGAAUGGUCACUUCGAUUCACAGGAGUGGUGGACUGCUGUCGACAGCUUCGGGCUCUCGAGCUCAGGUACGCGCGAGAAGUUCGCUCACAUCGCAAGCUCGGCUCUGGUCGAGCAAGGCAUCCCACAACAAUGUAUGCAGUUGCUGCCCUUUGUUCCCAACAUCGUGACAAAGCUGGGUAGCGAAGGAGUUUUGCUUGCACAAGUCAUACGAGAAAACGAUCCACGGCUGCGGGAUCCUGAUUCAUCCCAGUAUAUUGUUUCAAGAUGCCUGGACAGUACUCUGCCUGAAAUUGGUGGAAUCUAUAUGAGACUCUUCCCACCGAGCGCCAGGGUGCCAGACGAUGAGAUCGUAAGUGUCAAUGGAAUCGGCGACACAAUGCUUGGGACUAUCAUGGCUGGUCUUGUCAACGGCAGAACAUUGGAGCAAGUUCUGCCUAUCGCGCAGGAAGCGGCUGUGCUGUCGUUGAAAAGCAAGGAAGCAGUCUCGUCCGAAGUACGGCAGAUCGCAGCUCGCUUACGAUGA